AGCGGCCCGGGCGCAGAGCUCCGGUCUGUUCGAGCAGGAGAUCGUUCCCGUCACCACCAGGUUUGAGGACAACGAGGGCAAGGAGCGCCAGGUGACGGUCGCCAAGGACGACGGCAUCAGAGCGGGAACGACUCUGGCGGGACUGAACAAACUGCGGCCGGCCUUCAAACCGGACGGCAGCACCACAGCAGGUAACUCCAGCCAGGUGAGCGACGGGGCGGCGGCCGUGCUGAUUGGUCGCAGGUCUGCGGUGGAGGCUCUGGGUCUGCCGGUCCUGGGGGUCCUGAGGGCCAGUGCGGGUGGGGUCCCUCCGGAUGUCAUGGGUAUCGGACCGGCAUUCGCCAUCCCUGCAGCUCUGGAGCAGGCUGGACUGACUGUGGACGAUAUCGACGUGUUUGAAAUCAACGAGGCCUUUGCCAGUCAGGCGGUGUACUGCGUGGAGAAGCUGGGGAUCCCUCUGGAGAAGGUGAACCCUAACGGGGGAGCCAUCGCUCUGGGUCACCCUCUGGGCUGCACCGGAGCUCGACAGGUGGUGACGCUGCUCCACGAGCUCCGACGCCGAGGCAGGAGGGCGUACGGCGUUGUGUCCAUGUGCAUCGGGACCGGGAUGGGAGCGGCUGCUGUGUUUGAAUACCCGGGACCAUAAGAGCCAAAUCAAGACUCUGUCACUGUGAUUAAAAGCCCCUUUCAGACACGACAGAUAAAAUGGUUAAGACCUCAUAAUGUUUUCUGUACGGCUCAGGUGUGAGUAGUUACAUCACCUGGAAUUUGACACAUAAGAUCAUAAUGUUUAAACAGCAUGGAGACCAAUUACAACAGUAUUUGACAAUGUUUCUGCAGGAUACCAGAGUUACUCAAAAGGCAGAAUGAGUAUGAUUUUCCUAAAAAAAGCAAAAAAACAAUGUAUAGACUCACACAAAAACAAUCCCUCUCAAUCACCAUACAGUCUAGCAUUUAAAGUAUCAAUUACUAGUCUUUUGUAAUUGGCCGCCGUGCUGUUUAAACAUUGUGAUCUUAUAUGUACGAUUGUAUGUUACCUGAGCCGUUAGGAAAAUGUCUUGAACCUCUUAUUGUGGAUGUUUAUGCGGUAAACAUCUCUGAACUAAUAGGCAAAGUACAUAACUAAAUAAUGGACCUGCUAUUGGAAGAGGGUCAAUAUGACAAAAUCAAAAAGUCGUAACUUUUCAGACUACUAAGCUCAGCAGAGUGACGGGUUCUACGUCUGAAAGGGGCUACAGAGAGAUUUAAAGUCCACCUUUAAACUAACGCUGCACUUUAGAUGUUAAUACUUGUAUAGAAGAUAAAGUUCAAAUAGCACCUGAUUAAGUGCCUUUGAUUUCAUGUUGCUGAUCGAGCCACUUGCGUUAAUUCUUCAAUUUAAAAACAGGUAAAUGUUGAAGGAAGGCGCAGAGACAAAAAGGUUUCAACUGUGUUUCUGUAAACCGUCAAACCAACAAUGUAAAGAAAUCCAACAGACGCAGACGUGCUGUCAUUUGGAAAACAAUGGCUUGAAUGAAGCGUAGAUCACGGUUUGUGUAUCCCCAUUCCAAAUGAAACACACCAUUUAAUAUUUGGCUUCAAAAAUCAGGAAUUAAUGUGUGAAGAUACCGAGUUAUAUUUCCUGUUUGAGGAUGAUAUGAAUAGAUUAUGUUUUGUCAAAUCUAAAACUGUAAUUAUGUUUGUAAAUGAGUUUGAUCGUCAGAUAACGGGCCUCAUGCAAGAACAUAUUCAUAUCCUAAACCUCGUAUGAGCCUUCCGAGUCAAAUUCAACAAACUUUGACUGGAUGAACUUGUUUCAGCCGGAUUAAUACAACCCGUUAAUGAGGUGUGCGUCCUCGUCAACAUGACCUACACCCAUGAAAUGGACGUAUUAAAGCUGCGUGUUACUCUCCAUUUGCGGAAAGUUUUAUUCACAAGGAUAUGUGAGUAAAUAGAGAAGAAAAAAAAUCAAACUGCAUAGUUUCAAAUCUGAUGAUGGAAAUCCACAGAGGAAAGGACAAAUUUGUCAUCGCCAGCUGUUUUAUUCAAGGCUUUGUUAUUCAACUUUUGAUGUGAUCCUUAUAAAUGUUUACUUAAUAUCUGAGACAUUGAAAUAACAACUGUUACUAUUAAAUCUAACUACUUAAAAAUCUGGGAAUGAAAAAAAAAUAAAUCUUAAACCACUCAAACGUCAUUCUACUUGUUCUAGCAUGAGGCUCAGACUAUCACUGCUAUUUUCUACAAUGACUUUUAAAUAACUGUACUGAUUUUUAUACGUGUAAAAAAUAAAACAUUUCAACAUGA